UUGACAAAAAGGAAAUCCUACAAUAAUUAUAUAACAAAAUGAACAACCUGAGGAUAGCCACACUACGAUUCUCCAGCCUGGCCACCAAGGCUACUGGAUCCCUGGGAAAACGCGACUUCACUCGGAGUCUGUGGCACAUGACAAAGAAGCCGGCGACAGGAGCAUCCAAUGAUCAUGUAACCGUAUUGAAUGUCCACAAACCCAGCAUUAGUUGCACGUGUGGCUGCAAUGUACACACCAAAGCUGAAAAGGAACUGGUGGAGUGCCUCGCCGAGGAGAUCGUGGCCGAGCGCAAAGUGCAGAAGGGCAAGGCUGUUUCCAGCACCCUGGAUGGAUUCAAUGUGAAGAUUGUGGGCGGCGAUGUGGAGCUCAUCAAGGAGACCGACAAGGAGAAGGUCGUGGUUAGCUUCAACGUGAACCAUACGGUUGACACCGAGGAGGAGCCGGAGGUCAAUCCCAAUGCCGACAAGCCGGAGCUGGGAGAAAUGAGGAGCAAACCCCAGUUUGAGGUCGAUAUUAUUAAGAGCGGGACUACGCUCUCGUUCACAUGUUCCUACCUUCAGGGCGAGGCCCAGGAGGGUGAGUACAAUGACGUUUUCUCCAUUGACGAAAUGUCCAUCUUUGAGGGCGAAUGGAACGACAAAGUCUAUGCCGUGGCUGGCGAUGUUUUGGACGGCUAUUUAUAUGAUUUGCUCUUAAACUACCUGGAAGAGAAGGGCAUAAGCCAAGAGUUCGCAGAGAAGCUGUCCGACCUGGCCACUGCCCAUGAACACACCUCCUAUAUAGGAUUGCUGGAGAAGCUCUCCAAAUUCACGGCGGGUGGCAAGUAAAUGCCUGGAUUGCAUUUUUCCCCGCCUAAUCGUAAAGCAGAAAGUUGUUUAGAUUUAUAAGUUCCAUCGUCUGCUGCCCCAGUUCAUAGCUAAACACAUUUUUUAUCAUGCGUGUUUGUAGUUGUAUUGCGGCAGUUGUCCUAGUUAAUAAGUUUAAAACAUUUAUUCACCUUUAAUGUCGUGCGGGCAAAGCUCUUCCCAAUCUGUACCAUUCGUGGCAAUUGCUUAAUGCUCGAUUUCAUGAAAUACAGCAAGAGUAUAUAGUUUAGUUUUCAA